GUCACUUCCGGCGGCGCGCAGAGGCCUCUGGGAGAGCAUGGCCUGGCUGAGCAGGACCGGCCCGCUGCUGCGGGGGGCGUCGCGGGGGUCAAGGGUCACGGUGCUGACGGUCCUGCCCCCCCCGCAGGCCCUCGGACCCCGCCGGGGCCUGCCCACCUCCGCCCGGGCCUCCCCGCGCCCGCAGGGGGAGCCGGUGCAGGUGGAGGGGGCGUUCCCGGUGACCAUGCUGCCCGGGGACGGCGUGGGACCCGAGCUCAUGCAUGCGGUCAAGGAGGUCUUCAAGGCCGCCGCUGUCCCCGUGGAGUUCCAGGAGCACCACCUGAGCGAGGUGCAGAACAUGGCCUCCGAAGAGAAGCUGGACCAGGUGCUGGACUCCAUGAAACAGAACAAGGUGGCCCUCAUCGGGAAGAUCCACACGCCGAUGGAAUACAAGGGAGAGUUGGCUUCCUACGACAUGCGGCUCAGACGCAAGCUGGACCUCUUCGCCAACGUGGUGCACGUGAAGAGUCUGCCCGGGUACAAGACGCGGCACAACAACCUGGACCUGGUCAUCAUCCGCGAGCAGACGGAGGGCGAGUACAGCUCCCUGGAGCACGAGAGCGCCCGGGGCGUCAUCGAAUGCCUGAAGAUCGUCACGCGGGCCAAGUCGCAGCGCAUUGCCAAGUUCGCCUUCGACUACGCCACCAAGCAGGGGCGCUGCAAGGUCACAGCUGUGCACAAGGCCAACAUCAUGAAGCUGGGGGACGGGCUGUUCCUGCAGUGCUGCGAGGAGGUGGCCGAGCUCUACCCCAAGGUCCAGUUCGAGACGAUGAUCAUCGACAACUGCUGCAUGCAGCUGGUGCAGAACCCAUACCAGUUCGACGUGCUGGUGAUGCCCAACCUGUACGGCAACAUCAUCGACAACCUGGCGGCGGGGCUGGUGGGGGGCGCCGGCGUGGUCCCGGGCGAGAGCUACAGCGCCGAGUACGCCGUCUUUGAGACGGGUGCCCGCCAUCCCUUCGCCCAGGCCGUGGGCAGGAACAUCGCCAACCCCACUGCCAUGCUGCUCUCCGCCACCAACAUGCUGCGGCACCUCAACCUGGAGUAUCACUCGAACCUCAUAUCGGACGCCGUAAAGAAGGUGAUCAAAGUCGGAAAAGUGCGGACACGGGACAUGGGCGGGUACAGCACCACCUCCGACUUCAUCAAGUCUGUCAUCGACCACCUGCACCCCCAGUUUGGGGUCUAACUGGGGCACCCCUGGUGGCCCCCCCACCCCCCACCCGCUUGGAAAGCAACACAUUCCCCCCCAGCACCACCCCCUCCCUCCACCUACGACAUUCCCCAGCCGGACGGCCAGUGUCUGCUCAGUCGCUAAAUAAACUUAUUUGGAGGAGGA